AUGGCUACCACAAUGUUCCAGUGCCUGGGCUUCGGCAUCUCUACUCUAGGCUUUGCUGGGACCAUCGUUGCCACUGCUUUGAACCAAUGGAGCACGCAGGACUUGGCCCAGGACCUGGUGACUUCAGUAUACAAAUACAUGGGUCUUUGGAAAAUGUGCCUGCAGCAGACAUCGGGCUUCACAGAAUGUCGCCCCUUUUAUACAGUCCUGGGGCUCCCAGCCAUGCUCCAGGCAGUUCGCGCACUGAUGAUUGUCGCCAUCGUGCUCGGGUUGAUUGGCUCGGGAGUCUCCAUCCUGGCCCUCAAGUGCAUUCGACUGGGAACAAUGGAUGACGCUUCAAAGGCCAACUUAACGCUCACAUCUGGGAUCCUGUUCAUCGUCGCAGGGGUCUGCUGCAUAGCUGGAGUAUCAGUCUACGGAAACAUGUUGGUGACAGACUUCUGGCAGGCGAACAUUUCGAUUAUUGGGGGUCAAGGGUCAGUUCAGCAGAGGUUCUCGCUUGGUGCUGCCUUGUUUGUGGGCUGGGUGUCUGGAGGCCUACUAGUUAUCGGCGGGAUAGUGAUGUGCAUCGCGUGUACAGGUUUGGUACCUGGGGAGGCUCGGUACAAUUCCACCAUCUACAAAGUCCCAAGCCGCGGGGUUCCCUACAAGACAGGCUACAAAGCCAGCACACACUAUGACACAGAAAUGACCCACGUUAAGAAGAACUAUCCUGAUGACAUUGAGUCGAAGAAGUCCAUGUACAAUCGAAGCGCGAAUGAGGACUUCAAACAAGGCACAUCCACGAAAUACGAUUACGUGUAA